GCCUCGCCGCUGCCCCAUCCCUCCCAGCGGUACACCCGCACGACUCCGCCGCGCCGCCCUCCGUUCGACUCCGGCGACAGCAUGGCCGAGUGGCGAUGGAGAGGACGUCGACGACGACGGCCCGAGGUGUUAGUUGUGUAGUGGCAAGCGGGAAAGAGCAUGCAGCAACUACGACUGGUGAUGAAAAGAAAGGUGGACUGCGUGGCAAGCUAAAAAAAGUUGUUCUAGCUUACAGUGGUGGCCUGGAUACAUCAGUAAUUGUUCCGUGGCUCAGAGAGAACUAUGGCUGUGAAGUCGUCUGCUUCACUGCUGAUGUUGGCCAGGGUGACAUUGAAAUGGAAGGAUUGGAGAAAAAGGCAAAAGCUAGUGGUGCAAGCCAGCUUGUUGUAAAGAACUUACAAGAAGAAUUUGUUGGUGAAUAUAUAUUCCCCUGCCUGCGUGCUGGUGCAGUUUACGAAAGGAAGUAUCUUCUUGGGACUUCAAUGGCUAGGCCUGUUAUUGCUAAGGCAAUGGUUGAUGUUGCCAAGGAAGUUGGUGCAGAUGCAGUUGCUCAUGGGUGCACUGGAAAGGGCAAUGAUCAGGUUCGCUUUGAGCUGACAUUUUAUGCCUUAAAUCCGGAACUUAAAGUGGUGGCACCCUGGAGGGAAUGGGAUAUCACAGGACGUGAAGAUGCAAUUGAGUAUGCGAAGAAACACAACGUGCCAGUUCCAGUUUCAAAGAAAUCGAUAUACAGCCGAGACAGAAAUUUGUGGCACCUUAGCCAUGAGGGUGACAUUUUGGAAGAUCCAGCAAAUGAGCCAAAAGAAGAUAUGUAUAUGAUGUCUGUUUCUCCUGAAAAUGCACCUUCAAAACCUGAGUACCUGGAGAUCGGUAUAGUUGCUGGUGUUCCUACUUCUAUCAAUGGAAAGGACCUCUCACCAGCAUCUCUUCUUGCCAAGCUCAAUGAAAUCGGUGGAAAGCACGGUAUCGGGCGUAUUGACAUGGUGGAAAACCGCCUCGUGGGGAUGAAGUCCCGUGGUGUCUACGAGACCCCUGGUGGCACCAUCAUGGCAGCGGCGGUCCGUGAGCUGGAGUCCCUAACACUGGACAGGGAGACAAUGCAGUGGAAGGAUAUGCUCGCCCUCAAGUACGCUGAGCUUGUCUAUGCUGGGCGCUGGUUCGACCCGCUCCGGCAGUCCAUGGACGCGUUCAUGGAGACGAUCACAGCGACGACGACCGGUUCUGUGACCCUGAAGCUGUACAAGGGCUCGGUGAACGUUGCGUCCCGGAAGAGCCCCUAUAGCCUGUACAGGGAAGACAUCUCUUCGUUUGAGAAUGGAGAGAUCUACAACCAGGCUGAUGCCGAGGGUUUCAUCAGGCUGUACGGUCUUCCCACCCGAGUUCGCGCAAUGCUGGAGAAGGGUAUCUAAGGUCACUUUGUGUCUUGAAUAAAAUUUUCUGUUUGAGAACUGCCUGGUGUAUUCUAGUAAUUCUGGACAAAUCCAAGAUGUCCUGGUGGGCUCUGAGUACAUUUUUCAGUUUCUUUUUGAGUUAGUAGCCUUAUCUUCAUGAGGUGUGCCUGGAUAUAUGCAUUGAAGAGUUGCUCCAGUCCUGGAGUGGUAACUUGGAGUAAUAUACCGUUUGGUGCGGUGGUA